AUGACGUUUAGGCGCGCGAGCGGUCGCGAACGGUUCGUCCUGGUUCGUCGUCCUCGCUUCGGCUCGCUUCGGCAAUCGCGGCCGGAUCGGGUUCAGCUGUCUAUUAUUGUUCACAACCAUCAUCAUUCGCGCAAAGCUUUCCUGCAAAAUAUCAUCAUUCAAUAUUCAAGGUCUCAGCGCCGCCAUCAACGUUACAUAUAA